GUAUGAAUUCCUCCUCAUCAUUCCAUUUAAAAUAAGUAAAAACAGAUCGAUCUAUAACUGCCAUAUCCAAUUAAGUAAUUAUGCCGAAUCAAAGCUGUUUUUGUUUACUCCACCAGCGUCUUAACCUUCUUCUUCUUCUUAUAAUUUCAUUAUAUUCAAUAUAUGCAUGGCCUAAUUCAGCAAUCUCUCUUACAAUCUCAUGGUGAACCAUUUUAAACUUGCCUGCUGAUAAUUUAUUAGAUUUAUGCUGAAAUUCAUUAUUUCAUAAUUUCUAACUGUUGCAUUGUACAAAUUUUAGUCUUUACUCACUUUUCAUUAAGUACUUGUAUGCAGGACUCAAUACCUCUAUAAUUUAUAGUUUUGCUAUUGCUCCAAAACUGAUGUAUACUUUUUUAUAUAUAUAUUAACCUCAACAAAGUCUCUCCCAAGCUCGAAUUUACCCAUGGGAGUGCAGGUUUAUUCAGUAUUGACAGAGACUUUUCACACGACGUUUCUGUCAUUGGCAGUACCAGAAGUCACUAUAAUUUCGUAUACGGUCGAACGCAGUCGUAUGCGGUCGUACGCAUCUAUGUGGCCAGGGCAUUACGUGCGUGUGUCGUCUCUUAUGUCUGCAGCACGUUAUUUAUAAUGUGUGCGGUAUAGUGCGCAUCUGCACAUGGACGCGCACAUACAUCCAAGUAUUUUAGCAUAAUCGCACGACUGUUGUUUUUUGCGUCUCGCGCCGAUAAAAGCGCAAAAGUGAUGCGGCGACACGACAAUUGCUAGCAGCCGGAAAUAAGGAGCAAAGCAAUAAGCCUAAAAGAGAUCCAGCGGCGCGACCCGCGCGACUCGUCCCGCAAGGCCUACCGCAGCAGCGCACUAUACUGGCGGAGGACAGCUCGAUUCGCCUCAAAAUAAUCUCGUGGAUAAUCAGUCUUUAUCAGGGCCAGACUAGACACGUCGCUGAUUAGGCACGCGACGCCCCCGCACACACUCUGACACGAUUCGUAGACUAACGCCUGACAGUAAAAAAAGGAUAUGCCGCCGCCGCCGCUGCAAGGAUCAUCGAUCAGGCCAUUAUACAUAAUAUACUGUUGCCAUUCUGAGGAAUAAGUACUCAAAUAAAAGUGCCGAGAAGCGCCCGAGGAUAAAUAAGUUUUUUAACUACUCAGAUGAUGUGACCUGGCGAACGAUAUUUUUCCGUGUAUUAGCUCAUCUUGGUCGUUCCAGAGAAAGAGAGAGGGAGAGAGUCUUCUUUCCAAAUAUUUGGUAUGGCUGACACUACUAUAACAGUAUCGGAGGCAGAAUCCGAAACGGAUCCAAGAAGAGUUAAUGUUAAUAUCACGCCAACUACACAGCCUAAUGGAAUACUUAUGACACAUUCUCAUGUACCUCAAAAUCCUAAUGGAACAGUAACUUUGGGAUUCAAUUUUAAUCCAAUGGAAGAUUCUAGACGAAUUAUUGCAGAUAAUCUAUCCACAACUAUAGGAGAAAUUAGUCCCUUGAUAAAUUUAUCAAGAUCACGACCAGCUUUAUCUUUGCAGGAAUGGUUAAAUCCAAAUCACCAAAGACAAAUCCAACUCCAAACUCCAACUAAUGAACAUAAUACAAAUAGUGUUGUUAUCAAUGUAGAUGGUCGUCCAUCAAACUUGGACAUUGAAACUCACCAACCUUCAAAUAAUGAACACCAGCAUCAUACAUUUACAGACAAUUUUGUAAAUAAUAUUAGAGAAGCUGCUAAUGCAGGCAACCAACCUAAUAAUAACAACAAUAAUAAUAAUUCUGAUGUAAACCCAUUGCAAUCUCUCGCUAUAAGUCCUGAAGCACAAGCAACAAGAAAGAAUUUGGAAAGUUACAUCCCAUUUUUGACAAUAUUAUUUACAAAAUUUAUAUAUGAUAAUGGAGCUGAAAUACUGAAUUUCGUUUUGCUAGUUGUUACAUUUAUUCAAGCUAAUAAUGACUUGAAAAGAGAAAUAUUAAAACAGCAAAAUCGUAGUCGAAUGGCCUUAGUGGGAAUCCUAUGCUACAUAAUUGGCUGUUUUGUUUUCAUCAAUUUUGUUUUCAAGGAACCUAUAUUUUUUUCGCACACUUUACCUGUUACUAUUUCUCAGUUAUUAUGGACUGUUGCAGUAACGGAUUAUGUCUUGAAACUUAUAACUGUUGGUAUAAAAGUUGUGCUAACUUGUUUACCAGAGAAAGUACUAGCUUUGCAGAAAAGAGGCAAGUAUUAUUUGAUGAUAGAAGCUGCUUCACAACUUUAUCGGUGUGGUGCUCCACUUAAUCCAUGGUUUCAUUAUUUGUAUUUGAUCUAUGAAAGUCCAGAUAAAGUGCUUGGAAUAGUGCUUUUUAUAAUUUACGGAAUACAUAAAGGAGGUGACAUUAUGUCGCAUGUUAAAUUGUUUUUUGAAGCAGCAUGGAAAAUGUUGCAAAAUGUGAGUUUGGGUGUGUCUCCAACGAAAGAGCAGAUUGUUGCUUCAGGUGGUAUAUGUGCCAUUUGUCAUGAGGAGUACUCUAUGCCAGUGCGGCUUCUCUGCAAACAUAUCUUCUGUGAAAGCUGUGUUACUACUUGGCUAGAUAGAGAAAGAUCAUGUCCAUUAUGUCGUGCUUCUAUAACCGACGAUCCCAUAUACAGGGAUGGUCAUACGACGCAUUUUGUUCAACUAUAUUAGAUCAGUACAACGAUGGAAUAAGUUUCUAAUUUCAGAAUGUCCAUUUUCUAAAACGCUAUUCGAAUAGCAAAUGUUAAUUCUUGGAAUUCAUAAGUGUGAGAGAGGCUAAAUGACGUACCACGUUCGACAACGAGGUAACGAAAAACGAAAAAUUAUCCAGUAUUUAAAUGAAUAGGUAUGUUAAAAGAAAGUAAAUUCGAGAUUUCCCGUUCAAAUUAUUAAAAUUAUAUUCUAUCACUAUUUGCAUAUUCUGAAAUUAAAAACUUGACAAGCAUGAAUAAUGGUUUUUGUAAAUAAACUAUGACCGACUAUUGAGCUUGAAGGGUCCAAUUUUUAAUUGCAUUUGUUUACAAUAACUUUUUUAAUAGAAAGAAAAAAACGCGUGUUAUAUUUGCAUAACACUAGUACACAUACCAUCAAAUUUAAUAUAUUAGAGUGUAUUCGGUUUUACAUUAAAAAUUGGAACAAGGUGCUCUAAUACAAUUUAUUUACAAAAAUUAUUAAAUACUUAGGAUAGUGUUAAUGAAAACUACUGAGGAAGAGCUAUUGUGCGUGAUUUGUACAAAGUUACACGAACGAUAUUCGUUUUUGAAUUUGUUGAGUGAUCUCAAUGUUACGAAGUACACAAGAAACUUGCUAUAUUCAAGUCAAUGUUUAAUUACAGUUUAAAUAUUAAGAAAGUACUUACUAUUUUUGAACAUGUAAGUUUCAAGUUUUUUUAACUACUUUAAACCUAAAAAGCUCCUUAUGAAACAAGUCUUGUAUAAUAUUUGUACAUAGCUAACAUAAACAAAUUUGUAAAAAAUGCAUACUAAUACUAAUACCAUUAAUACUUCUUACGAAAAAACAAUAUAAUUUCAUUGCCUUUCGUGUAAUGAAAUUAUUGUCUAUUUUUUUUUUUUUUUUAACUUGAUACUUUGUUGUUUAGUGAACAUAUAAAAAUCAAGUUUCAUGAUGGCAAAAAUUAAGUGUUUAUUGAAAAUUUGGAUAAUGUAGGGUAUUUUUUUUAAAUAAAUUCAUAUCUAUACAGUAA